AUGUCACAACAACAACAUGUCGAAAUUGCUGAUAUGCAAGCAUUUCAAGAGGUAAGAGAGAAACUCUUUACAUUAAAUAGAACAUUGAAUACAAUUAGACAAAAGAUACAAAUAACAGAUAAAGAUAGACAAAGAUGUGCAAUUACACUUAGAGAAUUAGAAUCUAUUCCAGAAUCGACAAAGACAUAUAAAUCAAUUGGAAAGAUGUUCUUGGUUUCUCCCAUGAAACCUCUCAAACAAGAAUUAAAGAAACAAAUGGAAAAGGAUGAAGAUGAUGUAAAAGGUUUAAUGAAUCAAGGUAAAUUUGUUGACAAUCAAAUAGCAGACACUGAAAAGGCAUUAAAAGAAUUGAUCAUUAAAAAAUAA